UUGCUGCUGCUGCUGCUGCACCCACCUCCCCCUACACCACCACCCCCCCCCCUCCCCCUCUCGUGGACCAUCCUUUGCGACCGAGGGGAGUUUUUCCUCAGUCUCACUUUGCGUGGAGCAGCUCGUGACAGAAGAGCAGACACCAACAAGGAGAGCAUCAUGGGAAAGCAGAACAGCAAGCUGACUCCUGAGGUGAUGGAGGACCUGGUGAAGAACACGGAGUUCAACGAGCACGAGCUCAAGCAGUGGUACAAGGGCUUCCUCAAGGACUGUCCCAGUGGCAGACUCAACCUGGAGGAGUUCCAGCAGCUCUACGUCAAGUUCUUUCCCUACGGCGACGCCUCCAAGUUCGCCCAGCACGCCUUCAGGACCUUCGACAAAAACAGCGACGGCACCAUCGACUUCCGAGAGUUCAUCUGCGCUUUGUCCAUCACAUCACGCGGGAGCUUUGAGCAGAAACUCAACUGGGCCUUUAACAUGUACGACCUGGACGGCGACGGCAAGAUCACCAGAGUGGAGAUGCUGGAGAUAAUCGAGGCCAUCUACAAGAUGGUGGGCACGGUGAUCAUGAUGAAGAUGAACGAGGACGGCCUGACCCCGGCCCAGCGGGUGGACAAGAUCUUCAGCAAAAUGGAUAAGAACAACGACGACCAGAUCUCGUUGGACGAGUUCAAGGAAGCGGCCAAGAGCGACCCCUCCAUCGUGCUGCUCUUGCAGUGUGACAUGCAGAAGUGAGACCCCCCCACACCCCCACCACCACCCCCUUCUCCUCUAAGCUCUGCUCGCUCCCUGGCCCCGCCCCCCCGCCCCCCUUGCUUCCUCAGCCCCGCCCCCCCCACACACACUCACAGGACGGCAGCACAUUCGGUUUCUCGGCCCAUUUCCACAGGAAAUAAGAGGAAGAAGAAGAAGAAAAAAAAUGCUUGGACUAUUUUUUCAAUGGACUCGCUUCUUGUGGUCGUAUGCAUGAGAAUGUCAAAAUAUGCUGAAUCAUUUUGAAUAUAUGCUCCUUCUUCACGGCCGUAACACGCUUGACGUAACAGUAAUAACUCCUAUCAUAAUUGUAAACCCUCUUGGAGAGAGGCAUCUUCCCCGAAACUAUUGCAUGCAUAUAUUACGUGUCUUAAAAAAAACAACAAAAAAACAUACAGUAUAUAUAGAUGCAGUAUAAAUAUAUAUAUAAAUAUAUAUAUAUAAAUAGAAAACCAUUUCCAUUUCUUUUGCGUCUUCGAAAAGAGAAACCCUCUUGUUGUGUGACCCUGAGGAGGGAGCAUGCUUCCUGCCAUCUCUCUCUUUUUCUUCUGUUUGCUUUUGGUGCAUAUCGACAUGUUUACAGAAACAAAGAGCACGGCGAGGAUUUAAAAAAAAAAAAAAAAAGACAGGAGUAGGGACUUGUACGGAGCCCCUAAAGGGACAUGGGGGAAAAACAUUUUUUUAAAUAAUUUUUUUAGUUUUUUAAUUUUUUUUAGACAUGUAUCUCGUGCGCACGUGAAACUUUUUAUAAAGUUAUAAAAAAAUAAAAAUAAAAAAAAUUAUAAUUUUUUUUAUUUUUAAUAACUUUAUUAAACGUUUCUCGCGCGCACAAGUAACUUUUUAUAAAGUUAUUUUAAAAAAAAUAAUAAUAAAAACAUUUAUUAUUAUUAUUUUU